CCUCCAGCACCACCAGCACCACCACCAGCAGCACCACCAGCACCACCACCAGCAGUAGCGCUCUGCGCGAGCCGUCAUCUCGAGCUGCGACUUGAGUUGAGCCACUCGAUCCACGUCGGCAGAUGAUUGCCGAGCACAACAUCGAACGUCCGGCCAACGCGGGGCAACAACACUCGUGAAAGCGCGACCCUGGCGGAGGGAGGCCAAGUCUCCGGCACCUCCAGCCACCCAGGGAGAUGAUGUCCUCUUUCACAAGAUAAAGGCAACAGCAGAAUAAACCUGCGCCGCUCCCAUGAAUGGACACACGUUUGAGCAGCAGCGGCAGCGGCGGCAGCGGGCGUCGUGCCCACGGCAACGCUCACGCUCAAGUGGCCACUACGGCCGAGUCCACGCUGCUGGGACAUGCAGCCGUGGAGGAGGAGCAGGCAGGAGGAGGGGGGGGGACACACACGCUCACAGGAGAGGGCUUAGCGCUGGUACAUCGUGAGCAGCGGCGGUAGCAGGAAGAGGCCGGUCCGCCAAACACGACAGCAACACGAGCGAGACAGGGCGACACGCACACGGGACCCAACGCACAGCCCGCUCGGCUCCUGCUGCUGCUGUUCUACUGCUACUACUGUUGACUGCUACUACUGCUGCUGUUGACUGCUACUACUGCUGCCGGGCCAGGUGGAAUUCGCUAAGGGACCCAAUCUUUGGUUUUCGUUUGCGCAAAAAAGACGCGCAAACGACGAUUGAGCGUCAACAAACAACCGCGGGGUGCACGCCGCUGCCGGGUGCGCGAAGACGCGCGUCGUAGUGCGCGGGGUGUCGCCAGGGGUAGGGCGGUUGCCAAUCCGCUAGGACCCUGUAGCUUGUUUGUUUUAAUUUCUCUUUUAAAAGAGCGAGAAUUCGAACAAUUGACGUCGAGACGUCGAGAAGGGCAGCGGCGGGUGUGAAACUCGAGAUGUCCUCCAGUGCCGGGAAGACUCCGUUCGUGGCGACGCAGUCUCCGCCCGCGAAGAGCAUCGUCGUGUACCGCAACGGAGACGCCUUCUUCCCGGGCAGGAGGCUCGUGGUGAACCCGCGCCACGUGGGCAACUUUGACGUCUUCCUGGGCACGGUCACGGACGGGCUGCGCUCCACGUUCGCCGUGCGGAACAUCUACACGCCGGCGGGGGGCUCGCGCGUGCCCGACCUGCACAGCCUGCUGCAGCACGGCGGGCGAGAGUUCGUGGCGGCGGGCAGCGAGAGGUUCAAGAAGCUCCAUUAUGCUGAGAUUGGAACCAUUAAACCCAAAACGAACAACAAAUGCUUUUCAGAGAUCAAGCCGGUGCUGCAUAGCAGAGUGGUGGUGUCCGCCCGGUGGAGGAAGUGCGCCCCUGAGCCCUGCUUCAUAUUCUUGUUCACCAACGGGGACCUGGUGGUGCCUCCGGCGCGGUUGCUCAUCCCACGGCGCGUGAUGGCCGACUGGGAGCGCGUCCUCGCCCUGGCCACCGAGCGCCUCAACCUCCGCACCGGCGCCGUGCGCAGGCUGUGCCAGCUGGAGGGGCUGCCUGUGCGCGGGGCCAGCGAGCUCGAGAACGGACACUUCUACGUGGCCGUGGGCAGCGAGCGCUUCAAGCCGAUGCCCUACGGGGAGCUGGUGGCGCGGUGGGCGUCACGCAGUAGGGUGCGCAGAUCCAACCGUACUUCUCUUCCGCCCGUGUCUCCAAAUUGGAAGAAGAAAUCAGAGAUUAAGAGGCUCAGCCAGUCUACAGGGGGAGUCAGUGACUCUGUCCUAAUCUCUCCACCUCUGCAGGAGGAAAACCGGCACACACGCUCCACAGGUGACGUGCGCGAGGGGGCCUCGGAUGGGCCGACCAGGCCUAAGGCGGCUGGCAAGAAGGAUGAGGAGGGCAAGGGCGACCGCACCGACUCCGACGCGGUGUUCCACGCCCGGCCAGUCAGGGUGAAGCGGGGCAAUGGCGGCAGGCGGUCCUCUCAUUCCCCGUCCUCCGGAGAUGAGGCUGGGGUGUUCAAGGCCCGGCCAGGCCGAAGGGAGAUGCAGGGGGCACGGGAAGUGAAGGAGGACACCAACACGAAGGUGGAACUUCCACUGGACCAGAGGGCAGCAGAGAUAGUGGAAGAGGACCUGACUGAACCCACCGCUAGAAAGGACAAGGUGGCUCACAGCAAGGAGAGCCCACCUUUUUCUCUCCGGCCCGCGCGUGUCAAUCACUCGCCACAUACGGCCGCCCUGGUCAACGGCAACGGGCCUCGGAAGCAGGAGAACGCGGACAGCUCCGGCUCUCUGCAGCUGCCGAGGGAACCCAUCGGCCCUCACUGAUAGAGGGGCAGCCUGAAUACCGGGGCUGCACAACAACGCCGUUGGCUUGCGAGCGCUGGGAAGGGGCCCACUCGUCGGUGACGUGACGCGCGCUGAACUGACGCUGCGUUGUUUUUGCAGCCUAUUUGUUGCAAUGCCUGUAAUAGAAUAACAUGUAUCAUAACCAUUAUUAUCAUCAUUAUCAGCCAUUGUCAAUUUACUGCUGGAUGAAGUCCACGCCAUGUUUACCCUAAAAUAAAUUGAAGAAAAUAAAUCGAUCUUUCUAACUAGUCUGUCAGCCAGUUCUAUCUUCGAGAGUCCAUUCAUAGCCAAAUGAAAUUAUUGUUUGUCACCGAUAUUUUUUCAAUUUUGAUCAACAUCACUUUCUUUUUUUAAUAGGCAACAACAAUUUCAGUUUAAAUUUCCUCACCGUGUGUUAGCUGAUUCUUUUUUACCUGGUUUCUCGGUGAUGCUGUCCGAUUACCCCUGGCACCUGGGAUGAUGGCAGCUGCCGGAUCAGGCCAAGCCAAAGUGUCUCGAUGAGGAAGCGACUUUGGAGCCACGCUCAUCCGCUUUUGGAAACCCUGAACCAUUGCUGGUGCAUUCCAAAUGUAGACGGUGGGUGCCAGAUUAUCCACAGUACAACGUUCGUUGAGAUUUCACAAAGUGUUACUCAUUUUAUUCACCGAGCCCACCACAAAGUGAGGUUCAAAUUCAUGACCAUCCCACGGUGAUUUGCGGCCAUACCCACUGAAGCGCUGCUGGCCAGACUGAUGACCGCAACCAGCUCAAUAAUACAACACUGCGAUAGUUAAGGGUUCUAGCAUCCACCGCAAAAGUUUUUGUUACGUUGUCGCUUUUUUGUUUUUUUCACGUAAGAAUAAUUACAAUUUUUACAUAGGCUUAGCAAACAAUGACAAUAAAAAAAACGGUCUUGAUAUUGUGAAUUAAUAACGUGUAGCCCACUUCGCUGUGAAUAACUUCGUGAUGAUGCUAGCGUGCGUUCAUUUUGUGUGCCCCGGUUUAUAACGUUAGUCAGAAUCUAAUGAAAUGCUUCUACACAUUUACAUAAAAAGGCUUUUAAAACGUUCCGAGGAUUAAAUACUUUUUAAAAAGUUUCUGCAUCCUCAUUGUAUGAUUUAAGCGGUGAUGUCAACGAGCAAUGAUAGUUGAACGUGAACUAACGUGUUUGGUCAGCGACACUUUUCAACUACAGUUGACGCGAUGCAUUCACUCUGUCCUUCUGCCUGUCUGCAGCGUUGAUUCCCCACGACUCUCAGAAAGACGAUCCAAACACGAACACAAUUUUGAGUAUGAAAGCGGUACCGCUAUUGGGUACUUGCCCUUUGGAAAGCAGGCCAACGUGCUUAAAAGUGUUGCUCAGAAUUCAGCAGUGAAUAAAAUCAACAGCACUCAAGAUAAAAGCCUUUUCUUUUUUAAUCCAAGGCGAUGACGUCACACUUCAUACACCCACGUGCUGCCCGAUCAUGUGACCGCGGGCGAUGCCACCGCGAGGCAUCAUCUCGUGCGGCUCGGCAGGCUUGUGACGCUGCUUAGCCAUGACAAAC